AUGGACCUCUGUACCGGCAGCAAUGCGGUGAACCGGGACAGUUCAGAGGGAUUUAUGUUAGAGUAUGACUUUUUAUAUCUAAAUCAUAUAUCCUGUGUAGGUCGAGCCAAGGCGGCAGAGACGGAGGCAGUGGAGUUCCUCACACUGGCUGGCGGGCAAGAGAGGAGUCCAGGCAGCAGAGUCUGGAGCAGGAGCUCUUGGGCCACCAUGGUCAACAAGAGGAAACUCCAAGUUGUGAUGGACUCAGACACUGAGGACAGCCCCAGGGAUAAGAAUGUGCAUCAACAACUCUUAUCCUUAGCCAAAAGGAAACGUUGUGACUCUGAAGAGAAAGAGCAACCUGUUCAUCAGCCUGCAGCUUCUUCAGGCUCUGGAACAGCCAAGAGUGAUGAUGAGUGGACAGUUGGACGCUCACAAAAUAAGAAAAAAGGAAAAACUGGGAGAAUAGAGAAGAAGGGAACAAUGAAAAGGCAGACUAACAAAGCUGCUUCCUCAGGUAGCUCUGACAAAGGGAGCUCAGCUGAGAGUUCAGCCCCUGAAGAAGAAGUGUCUGACUCCCACAGUAACAGUUCCUCCUCCAGCUGGGAUUCCGAUUCGUCCUCUGAGGAUGAGGAGUCUCAGGGUGCAUAUGGAGAAGACCUCAUGGGAGAUGAAGAAGACAGGGCCCAUUUAGAACAAAUGACAGAGAAGGAGAGGGAACAGGCACUAUUUAGCAGGAAAGAAAAGAGAGCGGUGCUUAAGAGAAGAUUUCAAAUGAAGAAAAAAUUAAAACCGGCUAAGCAAGGAAAAAAGAAAGAAGAAGAGAAGAAAAAACUCCCACAGAUUCAAGAGUCCCUGGACGUGUGCCAUAACGAGGAGCGGCAUUCCAAGAGGGGUGAAAAACUAGACAGAAAGUCUCAGGCCAUGGAAGAACUGAAAGCAGAGAGAAAAAAAUGGAAAAACAGAAUAGCUGAGCUGCUUGCCAAAAAACAGCCAUUAAAAACAAGUGAAGUCUACUCCGAUGAAAAAGAGGAGGAAGAGGAUGAUCAGUCCAGGGAGAAGACUGAUGGCUCAUCGUGGACCACAUCUUCUGAUGAGGAAGAGGUUGCUCCAAAGUCCCAGCCAGUUUCCCUGCCUAAAGAGCUGAACCAGGUGCGAUUAUCACGGCACAAAUUGGAACAAUGGUGUCACAUGCCUUUUUUUGCUAAGACUGUCACUGGAUGUUUUGUACGAAUUGGCACUGGGAAUCAUGAUGGUAAGCCUGUCUAUAGGGUUGCUGAAAUCACUGGUGUGGUGGAAACAGCCAAGGUUUACCAGUUGGGUGGCAUUAGGACAAACAAGGGAUUACAGUUGAGACAUGGCAGUGAGCAGCGUGUGUUCCGCCUGGAGUUUGUCUCGAAUCAAGAGUUCACAGAAAGUGAAUUCAUGAAAUGGAAAGAAGGGAUGUUCUCUGCUGGCAUGCAGCUGCCUACCUUGGAUGAGAUUAACAAGAAGGAAGUGUCCAUUAAAGAAGCUUUGAAUUAUCAAUUCAAUGAUCAGGACAUUGAAGAGAUUGUAAAAGCGAAAGCGAGAUUCAGAAAAGCUCCGCCCAACUAUGCCAUGAAAAAAACACAGCUUCUGAAGGACAAGGCCCUGGCAGAAGACUUGGGAGACCAAGACAAAGCAAAGCAAAUCCAAGGUCAGCUGAAUGAGCUAGAGGAUAGGGCAGAGGCCCUUCAUUGCCAAAGAACAAAGACUAUUUCCGCCAUUAGUUACAUCAAUCGACGAAAUCGAGAAUGGAAUAUUGUGGAGUCUCAGAAGGCCCUUGUGGCGGAAAGUCACCACAUGAAGAAUCAGCAGGCGGAUCCCUUCACCAGGCGGCAGUGCAAACCAACUAUUGUCUCCAAUUCCAGAGACCCUGCUGUUCAAGCUGCCAUCUUGGCCCAGCUCAAUGCAAAAUACGGCUCUGGCACAUUACCAGAUGCUCCUAAGGAGAUGAACAAGGGGCAGGGAAAGGACAAAGAGUCCAAUUCUAAGUCAGCCAGUGACCUCUCAGGGGACCUCUUCAAAGUGCAUGACUUUGAUGUGAAGAUAGACUUGCAAGUUCCCAGUUCAGAAACAAAGACGCUGGCCAUCACAGCAAGGGCUCCCCUGGCCAAGGAUGCUGCUCCAAGAAGGUCUCUGAGCUUAGAAGACUACAAGAGACUUCGAGGGCUUAUCUGA